CCCCGAGCCUGCUCUGUGAAAUUCCCCUCCCUGGGCACCACCAAGAUUCCAGAACAUUCCAGAUUCUUGGUCAAAACCUUGCUGGGCCGUGCUUUCGAGGACCAGGUUGUUGACUUCAGAAUGCUUGCCUGUAGCAUUCAAGAAACCUCAAAACCAAUUAACUUAGCCAGGCACGGUGGCACGGUGUGCCCCUGUGAUCCCAGCAUGUGGAUUGCUGAGGCAGGAGGAUUGCCUCAACGCGGGAGACUGAGUAAAACGGUUUGUCAAACUACAAGACAUUCAAUUAUUUAAUAUGUAUUGGGUGACAGGUAGGGGUGUUGGUGACCUGGGGGAUACCAACAGGAGACAGGCGUCACCAUGGUGAACUCCUUCUUUUUGCCGAUUCGAAGGCAGGUCUUUCUAAGAAGCCCCAACUUGAGACGGAAGCCUUUCAGAACAGAACGAGUGACUCUUAUUCCAUUUUUAGCUUUUUCUCACAUAUUUUACUUUGAUUGGUUUUGCGGUGGUGGAGAUGGAAUCCAGGGCCGAGAGCAGGCGUUAUACACAGAGUGUUGUUCUCAGUCCUCCCAGUAUUUUAUAAACUAACAGAAAGUCUGGGAGGGCGUUAGCCAAGGGAUGUUCACCUCCAAGAGCCCACUUUGAAGUUUCCGCCGCGGUGACUACGUUCUUGUUGCUCCCGGGGCUGUUUCAAGGGCAGAUCCUCCCGAGGGCCCAGCAGUGUCGGUGUCCACCAGGAUGCCAGGAUGGGACGCCAGAAAGCUGAGCCCGGAAAUGUGGCGCUCCCGGGAUCGGCCGGGAUGGGGGUGGGAAUGGCAAAAAGGGACAAGCGUGGGAGCGCCUGAAAAACAAAACAAAACUCACUCCUCCGGUGCGGUCUCGACCCAAGUUCAUUCGAGAACCCGAGCCUCGUGGUGGCUUUUGGCCGGACGGUCGAGAGAUCAUCUUUCCCAGGGCUCGGAGCGAUGGCCGCGCUCUGGCCCGCCCCUACACCCGAGAGCCCAGAUGACAAGCGCGACAGAGCCGCAGGGCUGGGACGGCGCCCGGUGCCCCGCAGCCCGCGCGCAGUGCACAGGCCUGCGAGCGCUCCCGCACCGGCGGGGGCCGGGGCUCGGGGCCGCCUCCUCCCAGGCCCCGCGGGACUGGGAUCAUCGCACAAGGCCCUCCUCCCAGCCAAGGUGGAGGAAGUCGCCGGAGAGGCGGGAGGGGGCCCGCGCCUGUUGUUUUCCGCCAGCCGGGCGGGCUGGGCGCAGGGGCGGGGCGCGCGCCCCGGAGGCGAUCACCGGGGCCGGCUGGAGCAUCUCAGUCCGGGAGCCCCUCGCCGAGGGCCUGGGAGCCCCAGGAGCAGCCCCCGCGCACGCCGAGCUCCGAGCUUCCCCGGCGGAGAUCUCGGGAGCGAUGGCCGGACUGCGCGUCCUCUUGUGCCUCGGAGCGCUGCUGGCCCACCGGGGCUCCGCAGAACCAGGGGCCGUGGUCAUCGGCGAAAUCCAUGAAGACGUCACUCUGCGCUGUGGCAACGUGUCAGGAUCCAGGGGCCCAGUGACCUGGUACCGGAAUGACUCCCAGCCCAUCUUCCUGCUCUCCUCUAACUCCAGCCUCCCGGCAGCCUCGCCUCGUUUCUCCCUGGAGGACGCAGGUGCCCUGCACAUUGAGUCGCUGAGUCUGGAGGAUGACGGCAGUUACACCUGCCAGGAGGAUCUGAACGAGACCCGCUGGUUCCCUGUGUGGCUGCGGGUGGCCAGUGGUCCCACCCGCGUUGACAUUAACAUCUCGGCCACCGGUACCCUCCCCAACGGCACCCUGUACGCAGCCAAGGGCUCCCAGGUGGACUUCGGCUGCCGCAGCUCCGCAUGGCCCCCACCCGAGGUGGAGUGGUGGCUCCAGGCCCACAGCAAGCCCGAGUCCUUCGGCAGGAACCUGUCCGCCAACAGCUUCGCACUGCUGCUGAUGUCACAGAACCUUCAAGGCAACUACACCUGCUCGGCCACCAACGUGCUGAGCGGGAGGCAGCGAAAGGUGACCACCGAGCUCCUGGUCUACUGGCCCCCUUCAUCAGCGCCUCAGUGCUCAGUGGAGGUGUCUUCUUUAGAAUCGGCCACCCUGGAACUCACCUGUAAUUGGGAUGGGGGAUACCCUGACCCGACCUUCCUGUGGACUGAAGAACCCAGAGGAAUGAUCAUGGGGAAUUCCAGGCAGCAGAUGCUGAGCCCGUCACAGCUGUCAGAGGGCAAGAAGUUCAAAUGCGUUGGGAGCCACAUAGUGGGACCAGAGUCGGGAGCCAGCUGCGUGGUACAGAUCUCGAGCCCCUUGCUUUCGUCUCAGCCCAUGAAAACAUGCUUCUUGGGGGGCAACGUGACCCUUACCUGCCAAGUGACAGGAGCCAACCCCCCGGCCAGGAUCCAGUGGCUGAGGAACCUCACUCAGCCAGAGGUGACCAUCCAGCCUGGCAGCCGCUAUGUCAUUACCCAGCUUGGCCAGAGCUCCUCCCUGACCAUCUACAACUGCUCUCAGGACUCGGAUGGAGGCUUUUACUUCUGCCGGGCUGAGAACCCCGUGGGGGUGAAGGCAGUAGACAUCUGGCUGAGUGUGAAAGAACCUCUGAACAUUGGGGGCAUCGUGGGCACUGUGGUGAGCCUCCUCCUGCUGGGACUGGCCAUUGUUUCAGGGCUUACGCUGUAUUACAGCCCCGUGUUCUGCUGGAAAGCAGGGAGCACUUUCAGGGGACAGGACAUGGGUGAUGUCAUGGUUUUGGUGGAUUCAGAAGAGGAGGAGGAAGUGGAGGAGGAAGGGGACAAGGAAGAUGUUGCCGAAGAGGUGGAGCAGGAGACAAGUGAGAGAGAGGAGAUGCCGAAAGAAAUAAGCAAGCAUGGACACAUCCACAGAGUAACUGCUCUGGUCAAUGGGAACUUAAACCUCAUGGGGAAUGGACUCCAGGAGCUCCAGGAUGACAGCGAUGAACAGCAAAGUGACAUUGUUCAAGAGGAAGACAAGCCACUUUGAUGAACAGGAUUAUCCACUGUCAGUGUGUCUUUCAAGUUCAUUCAGUUGUGACCACCCUCUCACUCUGCCCCAGCGAGCUUGCGUUAGGGACAGCUGGGGUCUGCCAGUACAAGCACUCAUCUCUCCUUCCAUCUUCUUUCAGUGAUUUCAUUUGGUGUGUUACCCCGUAGGGUGGUGUGAGAUGCACCCGGAAGCAGCUGCUGGUGUGGGGCAAAGCUGAGGUGCUAUGAGGGGCCGCUCUGCUGUGACACCUGGCGUUACCCAGGGUGAUGUACUGUGGCAGACACUGACGGGGUGGGGGAGCACUUGGUUCCUAUGCACUGUGCCACUAGUCAGGGUUUGCAGCCAGCUUGCCCAGUGUGAAUACAGAGGCAGGGCUUUUAUCACUGGUGAGGCGAGGUGCUGGUGAGGUGAGGAGCCAGGCACCUUCCUGACAGGGGAAGGUAUCCUUUUCCAGACGUCUUUUAGAUUAGGCUUGGUCGUCACACUGAGGCUUCAAUUCUUUCUUGCUGCUUUGCCUCUGUUUCCCCAUCUAGAACACCCAAGAAACAACACCAAUCUUCCAAGCUCCUGAGAAACAAGGGAGGUAGUUCAGGGUGUAAGAGUGCCUAGGGAGGGCCUUCACAGAGCUGCUGCAGGGACCUUCUUUGUAGACUGAGUCGGCUCCACCCACUCCAACUAUUCUUUUCUCCCCUAGAGAGGGAUGCACCUUUCCUUAUAAAGCCUCACUGUGUAUAGAACACAGCCUCCUAAAUGAUGGACCUUGGGUCAACUUUCGGCUUCUCUUUCCUCGUGUCUCUUGUGCUAUUCAAGAGAAACAUUUCCUCACAUGAACUGGACACAGUUCACUUAACUUCAAUAUUUGUGUCUUGGAAAUGGGAGUAUGUGUUUCCAUCCUACUUUUGCCAGGAUGAUGUGCUGAUUAAGGACAGUAAAUUUCAAAAGAAAAUAGUGGGUGAUGACUUUGGCUUGGGACAGCUAGGCUCUGGAGAUUUUUUUAAUUUCAUCUGUAUAUUCUGAAGUCAGGGAUCUUCUAAGGGUGCAAUAGGUAUGUGCUAGCCAUCAACAUCUGACUUGAAAUUUGCACUCAUCCUGCUGUCACGGGACAAGAUCUAGGGCUUUAAGGAUUUUCUAACACAGGGGCCCAAGAUUCCUGAGGAGCUGGUUAGCAGUACCUGCAAGGUGUGGGAGAGGGUGUCUGUUCUCUUUGAAUGCAGGGACUAAAGUGAAGAAACCAUGGCCAGUGUGGCCCGUCCUGAGCUCAGGGCAUGGGAGAGCCUAGCUGGCUGUGAAUUUGAGCCCUCGGGAAGUGCAGUUCUCUUGGAUCACUCCAGUCUAUGUCAUUUCACAAUGGGACACCCAGCUUGCCUCCAGUCCUGGGAGCUGGCCUUUCUUUUGAGGCCUGGUGACAAGAGUUCCUGAGUUUGUGUGCAACCCAGAGGCAACUUUAAAAGAGAACGGGGGGAGUUGAUCGCUGGGACCGCAGUGAAUGUUUUGUGAGAUCACUGGGUGUUCCCACAGCUUCCUCUUGUGCACACACCUGGCAAUAGGAAAUAUUUGAGGGUUUUUCCACUAGCAAAUGGGAGCUUCAAGGGCUUGGUGCCAAAUGCUGUUCUGAAGCCCCAACCAGCUAUUGUUGUCACUUUUAUUAGCCAUUUAUAGAAUGGUAGUUCAGUUAAGAACUCAGGCACUAAAGGGCUUCAUGUUUUAAUGAUCUGUGCAAAACUGGAGCCCUCACACCCUUCUUUCCCUUAAUGCAAUCCACACCCAGAUCUCAAAGCAUAUGGAUAAUGGGUUACAGACAUUGUAUGGGAAAGUCCAAUUUGUGCAUUGAUUUUUUUUUUUAAAUCUUAUCUGCAUUUAUUAGUCAACUUGUGAGAUCCACUUGUCAGAACCUGGAAGAAAAACACUUUAUGGUUGCUUUAAUCUUGAUUUCCCUCAAAACCCAGUAGAAGUGGGAGAGGGGCUCUACAACCCUGUGGCUUUAGCAUUAGCUUCAUUUUUCACACUCGUAGAGGAAGCACAUAGGAAAAGUGUCACCACUGGGUACAACUUUGUACGUUAAGUGCCAAUCAAAUUUCUCACCACAGGGCUGGAUACCAGCUGCUGCAGAGAAAAGCUGCAGAUGGUUCUAUGUGAUUGACCUUACCAUUUGAAAGGGGAAAUUGGGAGAAAUAAGUUCUAAGGUUAGGAAUUUUUAAAAGACUUUGGAAUAAAGUUAUUUUUAAACAUA